AUGCGCUACCAAUCCCUUGCACUGCUGGCUAUAGUCUGCUCUGUCGUCCUGGCUCGCGAGGACACUGCUGAAUUGUGCACCGGUGCCCUGUCCUGUGACGAAGGAUACUGUUGCUCCAGCCACGUAUUGGAUCAACAAAACCUGCCUCGCGUCAUUUCCUACAAAGAACUUGGUCAAGGCCCAUUGAAUGACUUGGCCAAACAGCUUGCUGAUCAAGGAUUCCACUUUUCGCUCGAUGAACUGAAGUCGGGUAUCGAGAGCACCGCUAGCAUUAUUGUUGGCAAUAGCAAUGCUCAACCUGUCACCUCUGCGCUGGACAUUAAUGUGGCCUCUCCCGCAGAUGUUCCUGAGCCUAAGGGUGCGUUGUUGGUGGAGAAUGAUUCUGGUGACAGCACCAAAGCUGACUCGAAGAAGACGACUGAAACUCCUGUCAAGAGCGAUGCCAGCAAGUUGACCGCUAGUGUUGCCGGUGCUGUCAUUGGAGCUUUUGCCUGGUUCUUUUAG